AUGAGUUCCUAUUACGACGUCGACGCCAUCCUCACCGACGCUCAAAAAGUACCAUGCACCUUUGAACUCACAGUCCCUGGCCUAGGCUAUCUGGAAGGCAACAUGAGUGGCGACAUCAAACAGGGCUCCAAAGUCGAGCUACCCCUAUGGCUGGGAGAGAUGCUUGCGUUGAGCCAGAGCUUGAACACAUCCUCCCUCGUUACCCUCGACCCCCCCUCCGCCCUCUCGCCCCGCGUCUUGAACGCGCUGAAAGCUGACCCGCGGACCGUCGAUCUACGAGCUCUCGCCCCGCACUUUUACAAUCUGGGUGCGAGGAUUCUGGAGUUGUUCGAUGAAGAGGACAUGAUCGAGGUGCUGAGCGAUACUUUCAAAGCUAGAGCCGCAGUUAUAGCCGACCAGGCUCACAAUCCGCGCGGAGCAUUAGGUGAGGGCGCAGACUUUAUGCGUGGACUGGACGAAAAUGAACGGCAACUAUUUCGGGCAGCACAUGACAGUGCAAAGGCCGUGCGGACUUGGACGACAGACUUGAAGAAAUGA